GAAAAUUAAUAAACAAUUAAAAUGACAGCGAUAACUAGGCAAUGUUGGAUAGUGAGGGAGUCCUGCUUUCCCUUUUGGUUCCUGAAAAUGCUUGGUGGGGGGUAUAGAUGUCCAGGCUUGUUGCCAUAGAAACACUGCCCCCCCCCCUUCCUUGAAGCCACCACCAAACUCCCAGAACCGACACAUAUUUUUAUAUAUCAGUUGUAAAAUUACUUUAUAAGGCUCACUAAACCUAUUAUUUAGCGCUAUGAAUAAAAUCUGUGAAAAAGAAAAACUUUUUGUUUGUUUCUAUAAAACUGCUACUGUGCGAAUUAUGUGACUUUGGAUGCCACUGUGAAUUGGAGAGGGGGACGCCCUAAGGGUUGGGGUGCCACAUCCCACCUCUGUUACAGUUCCCCAUUUGGAGGAAGACAACGUGGAGGAGACACCAUGACGGACAUCAUCAAGGGACUUGAGAGGUUUGACAGCCCGGGGAAAGGACGAGGUCUCCGCGUUACCACAGCCUUUAAAGUUGGAGAGCUCAUCUUUUCCAGCCCGGCGUACUCUUAUGUGCUGUCACUGAAGGAGAGAGGCGGCUACUGUGAGUUCUGCUUCACCAGGAAAAAGAGCCUGGCAAGAUGUGGGAAGUGCAAGAAAGCCUUUUACUGCAAUGUGAAAUGCCAGAAAGGGGACUGGGCCAUGCACAAGCUCGAGUGUUCGGCAAUGAUUGCAUUCAGAGAGAACUGGUGCCCGACAGAGACGACCCGCCUGGUGGCCCGAAUCCUCGCCAAGAAGAAAGCACAGAAGGAACGAUGUGUAUCUGAGAAGAUUUUGCCGAUAGGAGAGAUGCAAUCACAUGUGGAGGACGUGGAUAACGAGAGAAGAGAGAUGAACGAAGCAGAAAUAGCCAGACUGCAUCGUUUUUACUCCAAACACUUGGAGUUGCCCGACCACAAAGACCUGCUCACACUCUUCUCACAGGUUACCUGUAAUGGUUUCACUAUAGAGGAUGAUGAACUGUCCCACAUGGGUACUGCAGUCUACCCAGAUGUGGCAUUGAUAAACCACAGCUGUCUUCCCAGCGUCAUAGUCACAUAUAAUGGAACAGUGGCUGAGGUUCGGGCAGUGAAGGACAUGAAGCCUGGAGAUGAAGUGCUCAUCAGCUACAUAGACCUCCUCUAUCCAACAGAUGACCGCAACAACAUGCUCAGAGAGUCUUAUUACUUCACCUGUGACUGCCAGGAAUGUAAAAGCAGGUCCAAAGACAAAAUGAAGUUGAAAGUGCAUAAGCGGAGUGACCCCAUCGAGCCGGACGUCAUCAACAAUAUGGUGCGCUACGCCAGAAAAACCAUCAGAGAGUUCCGGGUCCUCAAAAAUAGCAAAACCCCUAGUGAGUUGCUGGAGAUGUGUGAACAGAGCCUGGAGGAGAUGGGAACCGUGUUUCAUGACUGCAACGUCUACAUGCUCCACAUGAUGUACCAGGCCAUGGGCAUUUGUCACUACAUGGGAGAUUUAGAAAGCGCUGUCGGAUACGGCGAGAAGGUCCUCAAACCUUACAGCCAGCUGUAUCCCACUUAUUCUUUGAAUGUGUCCUCCAUGUACCUGAAGCUGGGCAGACUUUAUAUGGCACUGGAUAAGCCCUCGAUGGGCCUCAGCGCUCUCAAGAAGGCACUGGCCAUAAUGGAGGUGGCUCACGGGAAGGAUCACUUCUAUCUGACAGAGUUGCGCAAAGAGAUGGCACAAAAAUGAAGAGAGGGCAAAGAACUAAUGUAACAUGGGUGAUCCCUAUGGACUGCAUGCACUCCUUUGAUUAGGAGCUUUACAGAACUAUAGGCACUUUCUACUAUUUUUGCUAUUGAAACAAAGAUAGAGAACAUUCAUGGUUUAAUGCAGCUAUUUAUUUUUGAGAUUUAACUUUUUAACUGUCAGCUUUUUCCUGUUAUGGAUACAACAACUUUAGUUUGUUGCAUGCAUAAUAAUUUUGUAGCAUGAAUUUAAUGUUCAACUGUGUUUGAAAAUCUGUCAUUUUGAAAGGUGCUUUUGAGAAGCUCUUUUUCAAGUUAUGAAUGUUUUCCUGUUUGUUUUGGCUUGUGACUGACACGUCAGCUGGACCUGUCAUCCAUUAGUGUCGAGUUGUUUACAUAUGUAUGCAAGGGGUCAACGCAAGAAAAUCCCUGUCCACCAAUCAGGACAGUGGCUUUGCCACCAGGGGCCUAUUAAAACAGCAGAUUGUGCCAUUUCACAAUGAAGGGCUGGGAUAGAGUGCUGUGUUUGCAUUAACACCUUGUGUGACUGCUCUGUGCUAAUUAAUGUCAUCAGC